AUGUCUGCUGUUAUCAAAGGCGUCGCACACACGACCGCAUCGACUCCUCGUCCUCACAUUGUCUACACCUUCCAGCUCGAGAGGGAUGGAAAGACAGAAGUCGUCAAGAAGCGAUUCUCAGAGUUUGUUCAAUUACACCAUGCACUAGGUGUGAAGGACAUUGACCUUCCUCCUAAACGGAUUCUUGUUACGAGUUUCAUACCCUCGGCCUGGGUUGACGAUGCGCUUAUUGCCGAACGCAAGAAGGGCCUCAAAACAUUUCUCAAUACCCUCCUGGCCAACCCAGCCUACAAGGACCAAGCCGCUCUCAAGGAGUUUUUAACACCAGCUUUGCGUGCCUCUCCACGUCAAUUUGACUUGGAAGAUGCUUUGCCGUCGACCUUGUCUCGCAAGGCAGCUCAAGAACUCGCACCAGUUGUUGCAGCCACCACGUUCAUUGCAGCUGCUUAUUACCCAGACUGGUCUGCGGAUGCCUUCCCGCCCGAAAACCUCAACUACUCUAAGUUCGACAUUUUGUUCUUUGCUUUCGCGAUUCCAAACUCGUCGUCAACGCUAACGUGGGACUCUGGUAGUCAAGCCAUUCUCAAACGGCUUGUCUCCAGCGCCAAGGCGAGCGGAGCCGGCACCAAGAUCGUUUUGUCCGUUGGGGGGUGGGGCGGUUCAACCUACUUCCAUCAAGCCUGUAGUUCCUCGGCCAACCGUUCAACAUUUGUGUCUGCUCUUUCAAGCGCGGUCUCGACAUAUGGGCUGGAUGGUAUCGAUAUUGAUUGGGAAUACCCUAACAAUCCUGGUGCUGGAAACCCCUACGGAUCGGCGGACGCUGCGAACCUAUUGCAGCUGUUGACUUCGCUUCGGUCUGCUCUCGGCUCGUCCAAGAUUAUCUCUGCUGCUGUUACAGAUCUGCCUUGGCUUGGGUCUGAUGGGAAUCCAAUCAAGGACAUGUCAGCGUAUGCAGCGCAGAUGUCCUAUGCCAAUCUUAUGAACUAUGACAUCUUUGGUGAUUGGUCACCCGCGCCUGGUCCAAAUGCACCGCUUAGCGACGCAUGUGGGACUUCGAGCCAACCUAAUUAUAGUGCACAAGCGGCGUUUACUCAAUGGACGGCUGCUAAGUUCCCUGCCAACAAACUCCUUCUCGGCCUCCCUCUCUAUGGAUACGUCUUGAAUUCCAGCAAGACCGUGCUUACUGGAAGCUUCGUUGAACCGGAAGAGUUCUCCACGAGUGCAACGGUCAAAGUCAAUCCGAUGCGUGGCGCCAACAGACGGCCGGUGACCGUUCGCCCGCCUAUCAUCUCCGAAGUCAAGGCCGACGCAACUGCAAAUCUGCAAAGUUGGUGGGGCCAGCAAAUCCCAUUCUCGUCACUCGUAUCGUCCGGUGCGCUCACCAAGAGUUCCAACGGGACCUAUAGUGGUGCCAACGGGUUCACUGAAGGUUGGGAUGACUGCAGUGACACUCCCUAUCUGUUCAAUACCUCCCAAAAGACUGUUGUAUCAUACGAUGACACGUACUCGUUGGCCGAUAAAGCUGCUCUCGCCAAAUCUAAUGGGAUGGCAGGUUGUUUCACGUGGAGCCUGGACCAGGACGACGGCGUGACACUGCAGAAUGUUAUUCGCAAAGCGUUAGGGAAAUAA